AUGUCUGCACUGAGCCAGGAAAUUGGACGGUACCUCGACUCGUUCAUUAAAAGUAUCACAGCAAGCAAAACGGGUGAUAUUGAGUUAACGCCACCCCUUGUCAUGCUAUUGAAUGGAUUUUCUCAUCCGUGUUUUGGGAACAAAGAGGCGUAUGCAGACUUUUUAAGAGACUUACGGCACGUAACUAUUGUCCCAGAAAAGGUUGACAUGUACUCGGACAAUCAAUGGAAAGAAAUGAUUAAACUUCCAAUUGGGUUUGUCUCGUCGUGUCGAAUAACACGAUUUGUAUUAAGAAAUUUGGACCAGGUAUUUGUCGACUUGGGAACGCCAGGACUUGGAGACAGUCUUGUCGAAUUGAAUGUCACAAGCUGCCAAAUUCGGAACUUAGAAAUCUUUUUGGGAAGUACACAAGAAGUGGUGUGGAAACGUCUGAAGAAAUUGAUCAUCACGGGGUGCAAAAUACGAGAAAUUCCAGUUGGGGUGUUCAGCUUGAAGUUGUACCCGAAGCUGCAGAUGUUAGACUUGUCGAAGAAUGAAAUCAAAAUUAUUGAAAAUGUGGAGGAACUCAAAUUAGACACUUUAAUAUUGAAUAACAACAAAUUGUACCAAUGCUACUUGUACUGCACGCCAUAUCUUAAAAAUCUUUUUGUUGAUUGUAAUGACUUUGAAAGCUUAGAUGGGUUCCAAGCAUUUGAAGGACUCGAGUGUUUGUCGAUUCGGAAGAAUCAUUUGCAUUUUACUGACAAAGAUAAGGACUGCUUCAAACUCUUGAAAUGUUUGUGUGAAUUGGAUGUCAGUGAAAAUCCGUGUGGAGACGCACGUCAAAGGUUUUUGUCUGCUUUGCCAAAUCUGUCGGAACACUUGGAGUUCAUUUUUAAUGAAGACGACGUCCCAAUGAAGGAAAUAGGAAAGGUAAUGCGGGAACAAAAAGUGGAUUUGACUGAGCAAAGUAUAGUCGCAAACAUUAAAGCAAAUUUGGAUAUUAACAAAGAAAAUAACAAGAAGAAUUGGGUUGAAAAAGUGGAUAAAUGGGAAAUAGAUUCACACACUGCAGUUGUUCUUCCCCAACUUAGAAAGGAGAAUCGGUAUAUUAGUUUCAUGCAAUAUAUGGUUUCUGAUGUAAAGAACAAACCAUAUGAGAUGGUGCAACAAGACGUUAAGACUGUAGUUGAACUGAAAAAGAUCUGUAACGUCAAAGUCGGUGUAUUUUUAAGUGAAAAGAAUAAUGAGGGCAGAGGUGACGAGAAUGUGUUUCCAAUGACUUUCAUCUCACCAUUACAAGACUUUGAACGGUUUUAUGUGCGACUCGGUGAGAUUAAAAAUAACAUUCGGUUUGUUGUAGCGAUUGACACGUUAGUCCAGGCCAUUAUAGAUGAAAGAAAAUUAGUGAAAAACGUGUGUGUAGAUUGUGUGAAUCAAAUUGCAAGAAAGUACAAUGGGCGAAUCAUCCGCCUUGUUCUUCCGGUUGAGAAAAACAGCGCGAGAGAAAAAAUUCAGAAGGUGAUUGACGUGCUCAACGCCAACGAAGACUUGAUAAACGACAACUCAAUUCGAAGAGAUGGGCGAUUCUUAUUCGUCCAACAAGCACUCAAAAUCCUUCGACAAGUCAGUGAGAUCGACCGAUCGAGUAUCGGCGACGAAGAAAAGAAGAAACAACUCGACGACUAUGUGAAACAGCAAAUCACACCAAUUCGUAAAGAAAUGAAGAAAACGGACUUCGCCAUUUCAAUUACUCAAAGUUCAACACGAGAAGCCAAUUUCUUGGAAUCGAAACAACCAAAAAAGGUCGGCGAAGUCGACAAAAACGUUGUUGAGAGUGUACCUGAAGUCGCGACUGAGGAAGUCACAGAAGAAGUUCAAACUCCAAAGGAGCCCCGAGUCAGUCUUUCAGCUAAGAAACCAAGCCGAAGACUGUCGAUGCGAUUGAAGAAAAAGACACAAGAAGAGCAAAAGUCUGAACCCCGUUCCAAAGAUAUUUCAAACUCCCUUUCACAACUUUUGGAGGACAAAUCGGAAGCUACAGACUCUUCAGAAGACAAGAGAGAAGAACCAAAAAUCGAAGAAUUCAACAUCGAAUCACCAAAAGAAGAAAUCAAAGAGAAUACAAACGUGCCAGAAUUCACUAAACUCGACGUGAAGACGACAGGCGAUCUUAGUUCGUCUAAAGCUUUGGAAGUUGAAGAGAGUUCAGUGCCAAAGUCAACCCACCGAGUGGCUCGAGGCGGAAAAGGACGAAAAAAAGCCACAAAAAAUGCGUUUAAAGUUGGGUCUAAGGACUUAAAGGAAGAAGAUGUUGUGCAUGUGGAAGCAGAUGACACAACACCGACAACAUCGAAGACAGAGACAACUACAGAAGGUAGUGCUGAAGAGAUUAAACCUAAGAAACCCAUUGGAGGACAACAAAUGAUGCCAGGGCUUGGGAUGGCACAGUUGCAAGGUAUCCGCCUCAAAAAAAUCGAUAAGAAUUAA